GCGUCUCUGCGCGCUCCUGGUGCCACAGCAUUCUGGCAGCAUCGGGCACUCGGCUGCGACGCGUGGAGGACUGCCUCGCCUCUCCCCUGGCAUCUUGGCGCAACCGGAACAGCGGCAGCAGCCGGCUUGCGACAUGCAAGACAACGGAAGCAGAGGUGGGCCACUUCGUGGGCAGCGAGGCCUGGCGCCAGCGCCGAGGUGCAGAAGGUAUUGGAGGUGGCAUCAGAGGCAGCCAAUGCAGCUGGUCUCCUCAUUGCCACCCAGGUUGGAGCAGAAGUGAUCGAGACCAAGGCAUUCGAAGCCGAUUUGCUGACCGCAGUCGACCGGCAGUGUGAAGAGCAGAUCCGUGGCAUCGUGAAGCUUCACUUCCCGUCACAUGCCUUCCUGGGCGAGGAGUCUGCCGGGGCAGACCUGGAUGCCAUAUUGGGCUCCGAUGGCUGGCUGUGGAUCGUGGACCCCAUCGAUGGCACCACCAAUUUUGCAGCUGGACAACCGAUGUCUGCAGUUUCCAUCGGAGUUGCUUUCGGCGGUGAGCUACAGGUGGGUGUAAUCUACGAACCCUUUCGACAAGAGCUAUUUGCAGCGGCACGAGGGGCAGGAGCUACGCUGAAUGGCGCCAGCAUCAGUGUCUCCAGCUCCGAAAGCCUGUCGAAGGCUGUCGUGGCUUCUGGGGCACCACCGAAUCCGCGCUCCGCUGCUCCAGGCUUCCGCGCCAUGACACUCCUCGCACCGCCGAAGAGUAGGACGAUUCGCAUCUUGGGCUCUGCGGCCAUCAACUUCGCCUGGCUGGCGUGCGGUCGCCUAGAUGCCUGGUUUGAGGUGGACCUGAACAGCUGGGAUUCUGCUGCAGGUGUGCUUUUGGUGGAAGAGGCCGGCGGCCGCGUUACCGAUUGCCUUGGCAACGAAUUCACGUUGACAACUCGGCCCAUCUGCGCCAGCAAUGGCCGCAUCCACGAGGAGCUCUUGAAGGUUCUUGCGGUCGCAGAGUGCACGGGCCUCGAUGCUGAGUCAGCUGACGACAUUGGCUCGUAG